UUCAGCACCUUCACACACUGAAGCUCCAGGCUGACGCUGACAAGACAGAAGAUAAUCCUGCAGAAGAUCAUUUUAUCAUCUAUAUCACUUUAACCGUGAAGAUGCUGACUGUGACUCUGCUCCUCUGUGCCAUGAUGGCUCUGACCGGAGCUGCUGGAAACAGUCAGCAGAUUAGUAUACAAGUGCAUUCACCAUGUCCACCCCACUGGUCUAAGAUCAAUGGUCGCUGUUUCCGCUAUUUUCCAGCAGCCUUGAGUUGGGCCAAAGCUGAGAGGUACUGUCAGUCCAUGGGUGGAAACCUUGCAUCGGUGCAUAACAUAGAGGAGUACUGCGCCAUUCAGAGGCUGAUAUUGAAGACCAGUCAUGAGGAUACAAGCGCAUGGAUCGGAGGCUCAGAUGCAGAGGAGGAGCAUGUUUGGCUGUGGAGUGAUGGUUCCAGUUUCACCUACACCAACUGGCAUCCUGGACAGCCUGACAACAACUUCUUCAGGCAGCACUGUAUACGAAUUAACUAUGGAGGUCCAAAGGCGUGGGAUAACCUCUUGUGUACAGAUCAUCUCCCUUUUGUCUGUGCCAAGAAAAUGUGGCAAUCUCAUGUUUAA